CAAAAAAGAUGUAGUUAGGUUACAGGAGUAUUUAUUUUCUUAAUCCACUCAAGAUUAAAAUGUAAAAUUUUCUUACAAGAAUGAACUACAAUGAUACAAAUAACAUUAAAAUUGAAACACAUCUUAAUAUCUUUCGGUGUUCUUUUUGUUUUUUAUAUAAUAUUGUUUAAAUAUCGUCACAACAGUCCCGCUUCGGGCACGGCAACCGGUAGUACAGAGACAUGGAAGUUCCCUGAAGAUGUAAAACAUGCUAAUUAUCUGUUAAAUGAAGCAUAUCGUAAGAUUGAAGCUCUUGAAGAAAAAAUCAUUUUAUUAGAGGGAAGGGUGCCCAAAACGUAUCCUGACGUUAAUUUUCUCAAUUAUCUGACGCGAAAGAGAAUUUUGGUAACAGGUGGUGCUGGAUUUGUGGGCUCACAUUUAGUGGACAGACUAAUGAUGGAAGGACAUGAGGUAAUCGUGGUCGAUAAUUUUUUUACGGGUAGAAAAAGAAAUGUGGAACACUGGAUUGGACAUGAAAAUUUUGAGCUUAUACACCACGACAUUGUUAAUCCUUUGUUUAUUGAAGUGGAUGAAAUAUACCACCUUGCAAGCCCUGCUAGUCCGCCACAUUACAUGCACAAUCCUGUGAAAACUAUUAAAACAAAUACAUUAGGAACAAUUAAUAUAUUAGGAUUAGCUAGGCGAUUGAAUGCGAAAAUUCUUAUAGCAAGUACUUCAGAAGUGUAUGGAGAUCCAGACAUUCACCCCCAACCUGAAACUUAUUGGGGACAUGUAAAUCCAAUAGGUCCCAGGGCUUGCUAUGACGAAGGCAAGCGGGUUUCUGAAACUUUGACCUACGCAUAUGCCAAGCAAGAUAAUCUGCAGGUCAGAGUAGCUCGAAUUUUUAAUACCUAUGGGCCGAGGAUGCAUAUGAAUGAUGGUCGGGUUGUAUCUAACUUUAUACUUCAGGCUUUACAAAAUGAUGUUAUCACGGUGUAUGGGUCUGGAGAGCAAACAAGAUCAUUUCAGUAUGUUUCGGAUUUAGUUGAAGGUCUUGUUAGCCUGAUGAAUUCUAACUUUACCUUGCCUGUGAAUUUAGGCAAUCCUGUGGAACAUAGCAUUAUCAAAUUUGCCUCAAUAAUUAAGACCUUAGUGGGAGGUCAUAGCAAAAUUGUACAUGUAAGUGAAGUCGAAGAUGAUCCUCAGAGGCGACGGCCGGAUAUUGCCCGGGCCAAGCAAUACCUUCAAUGGGAGCCCAAAGUUGAACUCAAUGUGGGACUUCAAAAGACUGUCGAAUACUUUAGGCAAGAGCUGAAGCGAUUUCGCGACUCACAUAGAAACAAAUUUAAAAUUCAGAAGCCCAGAUAGGAUAUUACCAAUGUUGCAAAAGCAAGGGGAUAUUUGUUCCUAAAAUUUUGUUUUCCUAAUAUUUUCAAAACGUUGGGAAAGGUGUUAUGUUGAAAUUUUAUUAGAAAGAAACAAUAGCGGUGAAGAAAAGAAACACAAUGAAAAGAGGAUGAUAUUAAUUUGUU